AUGCUAACACUCGCUGCCACGUUAGCUUCUGAGUUACUGCUUCUGCUCAGAAUACUCUCCAGAGCUAACGCUGUCUUCCAGCUGGUGGUCUUCCUGCCUGCCCUGUGCCGGAAGAUGGGGGUUCCCUACUGCAUCAUCAAGGGCAAGGCCAGGCUGGGGCGUCUGGUCCACAGGAAGACCUGCACCACCGUGGCCUUCACCCAAGUCAACUCGGAAGACAAAGGUGCCCUGGCUAAGCUGGUGGAAGCCAUCAGGACCAAUUACAACGACAGAUAUGAUGAGAUCCGCCAUCACUGGGGAGGCAAUGUCCUGGGUCCCAAAUCAGUGGUUCGCAUCGCCAAGCUGGAAAAGGCAAAGGCCAAAGAACUGGCCACCAAACUGGGCUAAGUGUACACUAUUGAUUUUUCUGUACAUAAAAAUAAUAAUAAUA